CGCGAUUGGCCCGGCCCGGCCCGGCUCGGCCCCCUCCGGGGGAAGGGAGGGGGGGUCCGGCCCGCUGCCCCCCUCUCCGAGCCCCGUUCUUAAGCUCCCGGUGCCGGCGGGGGUGCUCGGAUCUACCGGCGGCGAUGAGUCCCGGCCAGCCCUGAGCGCGGACCAGGUCAAGGAUGGUCCAUGUGAUGGGGGAUGCCGCCUGCCGCCUCCUGCUCGGCCUCUCCCUCCUCCCCAUCGCCCUCCUGGGCUCGCAGGACGAGGGGAAGGUGAUCCACAUCACCAGGGUGCAGCACCAGGCGGUGCGGGUGGCGCUGGGCGAGCCCGCGACCCUGCCCUGCCUCUUCCUCCUGCACCCCUCGGCCUCGCUGGGUCCCAACGAGCCCCCGGAGCCCCCGCGGAUCAAAUGGAGCAAAGUGCGCUCUGCCAGCGGCCAGAGGGAGGACGUGCCCAUCCUGGUGGCCAAGGACAACGCGGUGAAGGUGGUCAAAGCCUACGAGGGGCGAGUGUGGCUACCGGGCUACCCCCGGGACCGCUCCAAUGCCACCCUGCAGCUGCGGGCGGCCCGGGCCAGCGACGCGGGGCUCUACCGCUGCGAGGUGGUGGCGGGUAUUGAUGAUGAGCAGGAUCUGCUGCCGCUGGAGGUGACGGGCGUUGUGUUCCAUUACCGACCCGCGGGCCAGCGCUACGCCCUGAGCUUCCCCGCCGCUCGCCGCGCCUGUCGCGACAACUCCGCCGACAUCGCCUCCCCCCAGCACCUCCAGGCCGCCUUCGAGGAUGGCUACGACAACUGCGACGCGGGCUGGCUGAGCGACCAGAGCGUGCGGUACCCCAUCACCCUGUCCCGGCCCGGCUGCUACGGAGACCGGAACAGCCUCCCCGGCGUGCGCAGCUACGGGCGCAGGGAGCCCCACGAGCUCUACGAUGUCUACUGCUACUCCCGGGAGCUGCGAGGCACCGUGUUCUACGCCACAGCUCCGGGCCGCUUCACCUGGCAGGGAGCCCGCAGGCACUGCCGGAGCCGCGGGGCAGCUCUGGCCACCACGGGCCAGCUGUACCUGGCGUGGCGAGAGGGGCUGGACCAGUGCGACCCGGGCUGGCUGGCCGAUGGCAGCGUGCGCUACCCCAUCCGCCAGCCCCGCAGGAAAUGCGGGGGAGAUUCCUCGGGGGUGCGGACCCUCUACCAGUUCCCAAAUCGCACCGGUUUCCCCCCCGCCGCCUCCAAAUUCGACGCUUAUUGCUAUAAAGCGGCGGGGCACAGCGACACGGAGGAGCAGAGCGACACGGUGACACACGACCCGCCGAGCAGCGACAACGUGCUGGUGGAGCACAGCGAGGAGCUGGGCACAUCGGGGGACACCCGCGACAUCCCCCGCGACACCUACGACCUCCUGCCACCUCCGGGAGCCGCGGGGCUGGGCGAGGAUGAGGACGAGCAGCUGCGGCCAGUGGGUGACAGCACGGUGGCACAGCGAGGUGACCUCCCGAGCACCACCCUGGCAUCGGUACCGGCGGCUCCAGAGCUGGGCACGGGCGCUGCGACAUCCGUGCCACCCACCGAGGCCACCUCGCUGGUGUGGCCUCACCACGAGUUGAUUCUCAACGCGGUGGAUGAAGCUCCGGAGAGCUCCCGGCGGGAUCCUCCCAGCGCCAGCCCGGCACAAGGAGACCCUCAGGGACCCCCUGCCACCCUCCUGUCGCCUUCCCAGAGCCCAGCCCUGCAGAGCAGCACCGGCUCGUCCUUGGGGACGGUCCCCAGCGCCACCCCGGAGACCCCCAGCGCCACCCCGGGUGUCCCGAGGAGGAGCUACCCCGGCUUGAACGGGCGUUACUUCCAGCUCCAGCGGCACAGCCGCGACCCCGUGGUGGCAGCUGGGGACACCGCGGUGGCAGCGGUCGUUGUCACCCAGGCUCCCGUGCUGGCGCAGGAGGUGAAGGGAGCCGCAGCCAACGCCGUGGAGCUGUGGGACUUCCCCCGAAGCGGCAGCGAGAGCCCCCGGGAGGGUCCCCUGGUGUCCCCCGAGGCACUGGAGGAGGACACGAACCCCGAGCUCAGGGUCACGGCCCCUGAUCCCCCGAAGGAUUUGGGGACCUCCACAGGGAUCCCCCCGGUGCCAUCCCCGUCCCCCGCCACUCCCCGCGACGCUCGGGGACACCGCGACAUCACCGCGAGUGCCACUCCCAGCGCCCGCGGGGACUCCCCGGUGCCACCCGCUGAUGCCACCGAGGAUUUCUCCGGGGACACCCCCUGGCAGGAGCGCUCCGUGCCCCCUCUGCCCCCGCUGCCCCCGGCCCCGCUGGUGGCCGAGGGUCCCGAGGUGUCCCCGCAGCCCCGCGGGGACGGCGGGGACGGCAGCGGAGCGCCAGGGGACGGAGCGCUGGAGAGGCAGAGGAAGGCGGUGACAUUCCUGGAGCCCGAAGGUCCCUCCGAGGGACACCCGGCCACCCCCGGCAGCACCCAGGGGGCUCCUCCCGGGCCCCGCUCCAGCCCCGCGGUGCCCCAAGGUGGGGCCGAGCCCAGGGAGGAGCAGCCGGAGGAAUCCAGGGUUGUUGGGGAUGGCGCAGCCGAGCCCAGCAGCGAAGUAACCGCGUCACCCCCGGUCUGGGAUGUCCCCUCAGCGUCCCCUUCAGCCACCGAGGUGGUGCUGUGGGCCAGCACCGAGCGGCCGGCGGAGGUGGCGGUGCUGGAGCCGCUGGUUGAGGAGGGGUCCACAAGUUUCACUCCCCCAGACCCACAACCCACCCAGCGCUCCGAGCCGGGGGGGACCGAGCAGCUCUUGUUGUCCCCACCGGGUCCCCGGCAGCCCCCCGCCACCCCCGGCUCCCCAAACACCCCCGGACACGAGGAUGCGACACCAACCCCCGGAGAGGAGGACGCCUCGGGGGAGGUCAGGAGGGAAGAGCCCGCGGGGACAGAACCCCCAAGGCCCGCAGAGCUGGGGGGCGCGGGGGGGUCCCCGGUGCUGGAUGCGGACAGCGGCAGCGGGGAGGAGCCGGCGCUGGAGCUGCUGGCCUGGGUGGGCAACGCCAGCGGGCUCGCCCCGGCAGACCCGUGCCAAACCAACCCGUGCCUGCACGGCGGGACGAGCCGUGCCAACGGCACCGUGUGUGGCUGCAGCUGCGCCCCGGGCUUCACCGGCGAGAACUGCGAGAUCGAUAUCGAUGAUUGCUUGUCCAGCCCGUGCCAGAACGGCGGCACCUGCAUCGACGAGAUCAAUUCCUUCGUGUGCCUCUGCCUGCCCAGCUACGGCGGCAGCCGCUGCGAGAAAGACACGGAGGGCUGUGACCACAACUGGCACAAGUUCCAGGGCCACUGCUAUCGCUACUUCUCUCGCCGGCGCUCCUGGGAGGACGCGGAGCGCGAUUGCCGGCGCCGGGCCGGGCACCUCACCAGCAUCCACUCGCAGGAGGAGCACGCCUUCAUCAACGGAUUCGGCCACGAGAACACCUGGAUCGGCCUCAACGACCGCAUCGUGGAGCAGGAUUUCCAAUGGACCGACAACACCGGCUUGCAAUACGAGAAUUGGAGGGAGAACCAACCCGACAAUUUCUUCGCGGGCGGCGAGGAUUGCGUGGUGCUCGUGUCCCACGAGAUCGGCAAGUGGAACGAUGUGCCCUGCAACUACAACCUGCCCUACAUCUGCAAGAAAGGCACAGUGCUCUGCGGGUCCCCCCCGGAGGUCCCCAACGCUUUCCCGGUGGGGAAGAGGAAGGACAAGUACAACAUCCACUCCAGCGUGCGCUACCAGUGCCACCAGGGCUUCACCCAGCGCCACGUGCCCACCAUCAAGUGCCACAGCACGGGCAAGUGGGACCGCCCCAAAAUCCUCUGCACAAAACGCGGUCCCACCGAGCGCGGAGGCACCGGCGGCACCGGCACAGCCACCAGCACCACCAGCACCAGCACCACAAACCGCGCAAGGAGCGGCGAAAACACCGCCAGCACCUCCGCCUGGACUGGAUGCAGGAGGGCCACUACUUCUAGAGGAGGGCGAGCACAAAGCGGGGGGUGUGGUGAUGUCCCCUCCCCACCCCGACCCCUCUCGGUCACCUCGCCCCCUCUUUUUUAACCCCUUUUUGGCUUUAGCUCCUUAGGGAAUAGGAUCCGGAGGGGGCGGCUGCGUGUGCGUCCCCAGCCCUCCCUGCAUGUCCCACGCUCAGCGCCCCCCCCGAGCGGGGCUGAAACCCCCAGCCCCACACAGGGACCCCCCCCAAAUC